AGAGAGCUCUGAAGGUGCCUGUCGGGGUGACUGGCAGACCUGGUCUCCCUGUAGCGGGGGAGACAUAACAUGGAGGCACCAGGUAGUGCCGAGUGCCUGGGAGACCGAGAAGGCCAAGGAGGCUUGGCCCAGAAGAAGAUGGUCCCGACGGAGGCCCCGUUGAUGACUGGACAGCCGGGUCCUGGCCACGGGAAGAAGUUGGGUCAUCGGGGCGUGGACGCCUCUGGCGAGACCACCUACAAGAAGACCACCUCCUCCACCCUGAAGGGGGCCAUCCAGCUGGGCAUCGGCUACACUGUGGGCAAUCUGAGCUCCAAGCCAGAGCGCGACGUGCUCAUGCAGGACUUCUAUGUCGUGGAGAGCAUCUUCUUCCCCAGCGAAGGCAGCAACCUCACCCCCGCCCACCACUUCCAGGACUUCAGGUUCAAGACCUAUGCCCCCGUUGCCUUCCGUUACUUCCGGGAGCUCUUCGGGAUCCGACCAGACGAUUACUUGUACUCGCUGUGCAACGAGCCGCUGAUCGAGCUGUCCAACCCCGGCGCCAGCGGCUCCCUGUUCUACGUCACCAGCGACGAUGAGUUCAUCAUCAAGACGGUGAUGCACAAGGAGGCCGAGUUCCUGCAGAAGUUGCUGCCCGGUUACUACAUGAACCUCAACCAGAACCCGAGGACGCUGCUGCCCAAGUUCUACGGGCUGUACUGCGUGCAGUCGGGCGGCAAGAACAUCCGUGUGGUGGUCAUGAACAACGUCCUGCCGCGCGUCGUCAAGAUGCACCUCAAGUUCGACCUCAAGGGCUCCACGUACAAGCGGCGGGCCAGCAAGAAGGAGAAGGAGAAGAGCAUCCCCACCUACAAGGACCUGGACUUCAUCCAGGACGUGCCCGAGGGGCUCCUGCUCGACGCAGACACCUUCUCCGCGCUCGUCAAGACCCUGCAGCGGGACUGCCUGGUGCUGGAGAGCUUCAAGAUCAUGGACUAUAGCCUGCUGCUGGGCGUGCACAACAUCGACCAGCAGGAGCGCGAGCGGCAGGCCGAGGGUGCCCAGAGCACCGCGGACGAGAAGCGGCCGCUCGGCCAGAAGGCGCUCUACUCCACGGCCAUGGAGUCCAUCCAGGGCGGGGCGGCGCGCGGGGAGGCCAUCGAGUCGGACGACACGAUGGGCGGGAUUCCCGCCGUGAACGGCCGAGGGGAGCGUCUCUUGCUACCUCCCCCUGCCUGCCUCCCCCUUCCCCAGAUGCACUGGUUCAUCAAGAAGCUGGAACAUACCUGGAAGGCUCUCGUCCACGACGGGGACACCGUCUCUGUCCACCGGCCCAGCUUCUAUGCGGAGCGCUUCUUCAAGUUCAUGAGCAACACGGUCUUCCGGAAGAAUUCCUCCCUGAAAUCCUCACCGUCCAAGAAGGGCCGUGGUGCCUUGCUGGCCGUCAAGCCGCUGGGGCCCACAGCUGCCUUCUCGGCCAGCCAGAUCCCCAGCGAGCGGGAGGACACACAGUACGACCUCCGGGGGGCCCGCAGCUACCCCACGCUGGAGGACGAAGGCCGGCCCGACCUCCUGCCCUGCACGCCGCCGUCCUUUGAGGAGGCCACCACCGCCUCCAUCGCCACAACCCUGUCCUCCACGUCGCUCUCCAUCCCGGAGCGAUCUCCCUCGGAGACAUCGGAGCAGCCGCGGUACCGGCGGCGCACGCAGUCUUCGGGACAGGAUGGCCGGCCUCAGGAGGAGACACACGCAGAGGAGGACCUGCAGCAGAUCACGGUGCAGGUGGAGCCUGCGUGCAGCGUGGAGAUCGUGGUCCCCAAGGAGGAGGAUGCGGGGGUGGAGGCUUCCCCAGCCGCUGCCGCUGCCGAAGCAGAAACCACCAGCCAGGCCUCAGAGCCCGCCAGCCAGGCCUCGGAUGAGGAGGACGCCCCCGCCACGGACAUCUACUUUUUCACCGAUGGGAGGUACUGGAUUUACUCUCCCCGGCAUCGCCGACUGCGGGCCGUGACGCUGAGCUCCUCAGGGACUGUAAGUGACCACAGCAGGCGUCCAGGGAGCCCAGCCCCCAUUCCACCACCCUGGGCAUCUGGGAGCCACAGGUCCUGGCUGUCCCUCGUCCUCUGAGAAGGGACUUGGGGAAAGAAUCGCCACCACUGAGGCCGGUCAUGUGUCCCCCAGUGACGUCACUUAGGUCCCUCUGAGGUGGGCAUUGCUAGGCCUACAGGCUCACAGCCAGGGCUAAGGGGACUUGGCUGUGGUGGCGUCUGCAUCUGACCCCAGCCCCCCGGUGCCUCUGCCCCUCUCCCCAGCCUGCCUAAGCGAGGGACAAGUUGGUGGACACUUGCCCUAUAUUCAGACCUGGCUGCCCAUGGCUCCCGAAGGGGGAUGUGCCCUGCAGAGGCAGGUGGUCACGUGGGUCGGCAAAGGGACUACAAAGCCAGGCUCUCAACUGCAGGAGAGAGGAGGUGGUAUUUCCAUACCCACUUCACAGUGGAGAAACCGGGGUCUCGGCUCCCCAGAAAGCCCACAAGAGGGCAUGGUUUAGAUAAAAUCUGGGUCCAAGUUCCCAAGCAGCCCGUGUGUCUAGGAGACACUCAUCUACCCAUUGUGCUUGGGACGCUGUGUAGCAAAGGUAUUAACAGGACCUGUUACUGUCCUCGUGGACAAUAAAUGAGAGACCCAGUAACCUGCCCAGAGCCACACACCGCUCAGGCACAGUGGGUUGAAUACCUGAAGCAGGAGUUUCUGUUCUCAAGAUGAGGCCCCUCAGAGGCUCACACCCCUGGCCCCAAAUGUCUGUGAGUGUCGCUGGGUGUCCAGCACUGCUGAGCAAACCCAAGAAGUAGAAACCACUUCCCCAGACAUUCCCACUGUGCCGUGUCCUGCUGAGACUGGGAGCCACACCCCUAAGAUGAUCCAAGAACUGGGGACACGCAGCAGGCCCUGAGGCCCCCCCACCAGGGGAGCGAUUUGUGAAGGAAGGCUGGAGAGGGGUUGACCCCAGGGUGUGGGGAGGUGGGAGAAGGAAGGGUGGGCUCUGUAGAGGGCACAGCAGAAGCUGGUGGGGGGCACACAGGAGCAGAGGGGGCAGCACGUGUGAAGGCGAGGGGAGCGGGAGCAGACCCUAGGGCCUGCGGUGGUGGGGAGGAUGUUGCCUUGGUUCCACUUUAGUGGGGUCAUCACGGGGUUCUGGGUCCUGCUGCCCGCAUUCCCUCCCUCCCCUGGGGCUGGCUCUUUGCAGAGUUCAGGUGGAGACCCUCUUGCCACAGGUUGUUGCCCUAGAGGGGCAGCUACCCUGGCUCUGAACAUGUGAUGUCGCAGCCCUGUGUGGGACACUGGGCAGCCCCAGACAGGCCCCACCCCACGCCCCCCGGACUUCCAGGCAGGCUGGAGUUUUUGUUGCGCUGUGACCGCUAAGCAGUGAGCAUCCGCUGAUGGACGGCCUUUGGGGGGUGUGGCCCUGGGCCAGGUGCUGAAGCAAGAACGAGCUCCACAUGGUGCCCAGCGGGCCAGGUGCCUCCUGUGGGUGCUGGCGGUCUGGCCCUUGAGGGCAGGUUCUGCAGGGAGAGCUGUAGGAGGGGCAGGGGGGAGUGGGCACAGAGGUGGGGAAAGGCAGUGGGGGCCCCGAGGGGCAGUGAGGGCAGGGGCCCUGCGUUCCCCUGGAGAGCCAGAGGCCACAUGCUGGCGCUUGUCCUUCCUGAGGCUUCGAAGAAGGCCACCCCUGCAGGGUGAGGCUGGUGGUCGCAACCCGACCGAGGAGGGGCAGGUGUGGGGCUCGAUGGGUUGUGGCCUUCGUGGGUUUAGCCAGGGGAGGUGCCUGCUCAGGCCCCGUGAUCUGAGCAGAGCCCGGGCAAGGGGGCAGGUCCACAGGCGCUGAGACUGGGGGUGGGGGGUCCCGGGAAAGAGGAAGAAGAAAGAGAAGGGGGCUGCUGGGGUUCUUGCGGUGAGAACAGACCCAGAAGGAACAGGUGUGGGUGCCGGAGGAACGUGCGCUCCUUCCCCCAGUCUGACCCGGAAUGGGGCCCACUUCCCUGAAACAGCUGGAGGACGGGCUGCCCACCCUCUGGCUGGGCCUCUACUGCUUGCUCUCCGGGUCUCCCGGGGCCUCGGUCUCCCCCCGCUGAUCUGUGCGUUUGGGCCUGAGGAAAUGGGCUCCACCCUGCGCCCCCGACGCCCUCAACACCCAGGACCCCCAGUGGAGGGUCCUCAGGGUUCUGCUCCAGCUGGCGGCCCCGGUGGCCGCACAGCAGGCAGGACCUGAGGCUGGGGUGCUGCCGGGCCAGCACGGAGGCAAGGGUGCCCCGGGAGGGCCGAGCAGGAGGGGAGGGGACAGCGAGCAAACCCGGCCCCCGCCCCGCCC